AGUAGCUGGUGGACGCAGACUCCUGACGACGGCUCAACAUCAUAUGGAGGCGGUCGCAGAAAAAGUCAAGAAACUACAGGGUAACUCUGCUGCCCUGUUGCCACGACCACCAGCACCAGCUACAAGGAAACCUGUAGUAGCACCUCUCACUCCAGCUCCUCCUCCAAAACCCUCCCUACCAAAGAAGAGAGCAACUCAUGGGAGGUCUGUGCGGCCUGCAAAGACAGUCAGCAGGGACCAGAGGACAGAUGUUACCUGCAGCUUCCAGACAGCAGAAAGUCAGAAUCAGGACGAUCUGCAGCCGCUCUCUAACCCUGCAGAGAGUCUGUCUCUGUGCUUCAAACAGCUCAGCUCAGAUGACUGGAUGACGAAGGUUAAAGGGCUGCGAUGCAUCCCAGCUCUGGCGCAACACCACCCAGACACACUAAUGCCGAAACUGCAUGAAGUCUGUCUGGUUGUGAUAGAAGAGGUUAAAAACCUACGCCCCUCAGUGGCUUGUGCAGCCAUGGACACCAUCCGCUGUCUUUAUGUCCACCUACAGAAGGGCAUGGACACUGAGGCAAAUUGGACAGGUCAGGCUCUGCUGCUGAAAAUCUCACAGGCGUGUGGAAAUGCCUUUCUCCAGCAGCAGGCCAGUGAGGCCUUGGAGGCUCUGGUGCAGAAUUGCAGCCCUGGUCGAGUGCUGCCUGUUCUGCUGAAUACAGGGCAGAGCCACCUGAGCCCUGCAGUAAGAGCCAGCACUGCUCGUCUGCUCCACCUGCUGGCUGACAGACUGGGAGCGACUAAAGUCCUGACAGCAAGGCAGAGCUUCACCCAGCGCUUCCUCACUGCUGUCAGUAAGAUGUCUCUGGAUGCUGCUGCUGAAGUCAGGCCUCAUGGACGUGCCAUCCUUCAGAAACUGGCCCUCCACAGGGACUUCAUGAAGCUGUGGCAGAAAAAUGUGGCGGAAAAAGAUCGCCACUCACUGGAGAAGGUCCUGAGGAAUGUGGUGAAGAAUAUCAAAAUCCAUAUAUGAAUCCAGGGUGUUGUUCACCACACAGGACAACAAGAAAAGCCUCAUUCUUGCUGUCAGUCAUCAUGACCUCAGUAUCCUUCGCUGGGUUGAUUGUUCUCUUGUGUUUUGAUCUCAUGAGUUUGUUUUCUAUCUACUAUCAUAUUCUCUCUAUCUAUUAUCCCCCUUUCCCCUCACCCCAACCGGUCGAGGCAGAUGGCCGCCUUGUCUGAGCCUGGUUCUGCCGGAGGGUUCUUCCUGAAAAAGGGAGUUUUACCUCCCCACUGUCGCCAAGUGCUUGCUCAGACAGGGAAUCCAAAGGAAACUGGAUUUGUUGGAUUUCUCUCUAUAAUUUUGUCUUUACUUUUCUAAGUGAAGUCUCUUGAGAUCACACAUUUGAACUGGUGAAUAAAAUUGAUUGAAAAUGAACUGAAAGGUUCACCCCAAAAGUGUCUGGAUUCUGGUCACAUGGUUGAUGCUCACAUCUGCCCUGAGUCAGUCGUGGCUUCUCAGUUGCUGUGCAGAGCAGAGAAUCUUUGGGUUUCUUUUUUCACAAUUUCCAUCGUUAUUUUUGGUGAAUUUUUAAAUUUGACGUUUUAAAGAAAGUGACUACAAUGAAAUCUGACAAUUUUAAGCUUAUUUUCAACUGGUUUUCUCUAUGUAACCACACAAAACUGAUGGCAUUUAUUACAAACAGUCGGAAAGUUGAACCACUCUUUCCAUUUUUACAGUUUGUGGCUCUAAAAAGAGUGUGCAUUUUGAAGACUUUUUAAAAACAAAGCAUGCCUUGGCAGUGCACGGCACGGCAGUGAAGUUAGUUUCAGCCAGAGCACCAGCAGCUCUAAUGCUGCAGACGUUACAGCUGCAUCCACCAACAAGCUCAGCAGGACAGAAUAGGAUCCAUCUUGGCUCUAGAUUACUGCUAUUGGUAAGAUUAGGUGCAAAAGUAAAUUA